AACAACCGCACACCUGCUCUCUCCGUUAUGAAUUGAAGAACCCCGGGCCUUCAACAACAGCAAAAAGGGCUACAGUUUUGGACUUAAUUACUUAGGUAGCUAUGAAGAUCAGCAUCGCGUUGACAGCGCUCGCGUAUUCGAUUCAUUGUAAUGGCGAAAUCACCGGAUCUGCACAACAGCCGCUUCGACUUCCGCUUAGCCAAUAUGAUCUUGUCGAAGCACUCAAAGAAGCGCAGAUAAUCCCAGCCAUAAUUGACGAAUUUGUGCCACUACUAAGCAUCAACAUCAGCUGGCCCAAGGCGCAAGCCAACAUCGGCAAUACAGUAAAGCCCAAGAAGAUGAAGCACAAGCCGACCAUACAGCUCAUCGACCUGCUGCCAGAAGCAUCGUCGAGUUUCACAGGAGAGCACCCGCAACUCACUUUGGCAAUGUCCGAUCCUGAUGCACCAAGUCGAGAUGACCCACGCUGGGGCCAGGUCUGCCAUUGGCUCGUCACGGAUGUGCAGCUCUCCUCGGGCAAGAGCAACGAUAGUUCACCAGACACGUCUGAGUUGACGGAAAUCAUGUCAUACACUCCUCCAGGACCACCAAAGAAGACGGGCCGGCACCGCUACAUUUUUGUUGCACUCUCGCCCAAGAACGGCACCACUGACAAGCUGAAUCUGAGCGAGCCUAGUGACAAGUACAACUGGGGCUACGGCCAGGCAGGAGCUGGCAUUAGAGACUGGGCUCAGGAUAAUGGGCUUGUUGUCGUCGGUGCUAAUUUUCUCUACUCUAAGCAUAAAAAGCAAUAGUUCGGUGCACGCAGGCCGCGUGACCAUCGGAGACAGUCCGCUUCAAAAAGCAAGUUUGUAAUUAUACUGACAAACAGUAUGUGAUG